AUGAAGAUCUAUUUGCUGUUCCUAGUUGCCUUCGCUCUUGCUGGUAACAGCUGGGCAUUGGAUAGAUGCUCCGUAGUGAGAGCCAUUAGAAGAGGGGGCGUUGUUGGCAUUAAGGGUUAUACAUUGGGGGACUAUGUGUGCUUGGCUUAUCAUGCAAGUCGAUACGAUACAUCUCUGAAUCGAAGUCCAACAGAGUAUGGCAUCUUCCAGAUCAACAGCUACUGGUGGUGCGAUGAUGGAAAAACCCCACGACGCAAAAAUCUGUGUGGUUUACCCUGCAAAAACUUAUUAAAUACAAACAUCUCAGAUGAUGUGAAAUGCCUGAAAACAAUUGUGAGUGAUCCCAAUGGUCUGGGAGCUUGGAAUGCCUGGAAAAACAAUUGUAAAGGAAAGAAUGUCAGCUCCUAUGUCAGAGGAUGUUAGUCCUUGGAAAACGGAAGAGCAGAAAAUUGUCAGCUGCUCUUCCUAUGUAACCGGUUUAACCCAAUCUAAACUCUCUGUCUCUGUCCUUGACUAAUGAUUCCCUUACUUAUUAGACUCUCAAUAAACCUCUAUUGCACUAAG